AUGGCACUAACCGGUGUACUGCGAGCGAUCGAAUGGGCGCUACUGCUUGUGUGGCUGAUCCAUCAUGCCUCCUGCCGCAUGAUGAUGAGGAUGAUCACCAUCGGAGAGACGGCUGAUGAGCUUCGUGACAUCGGUUGUCUCAACCCAUCUAUCGUGCUGUCCGUGCUCAGAGGCCUCCUAGAGGUGAUGCCAGAGACACGCGCCACCUUCCUUGAGGGAUUCCGCAACCUGCUGGGAGUAUAUGGCAUCAACGCCUCAACUUCCGCUAUCAUCGCCAUAUCUCAAGUCAUCACUUUCAGCUGGAAGUGUUUUUGGGUCAUCACAUACGUGAGAAACGCCAACCGCGAAGUUGUCAUUGCCUUCCUCUCUCGCCUCACCGCAGCUCAACGCGACGCCGACGCCGCGAAGGACGAGUGGCACGCCACGCACCGAUUGCCAGUCUAUCGAAUCAUCCUCAUCCAAGAACCCGCAGAGGGAGAGUCGAAACAGCUCGUCAUCAUCCCACAUCGAUGCGAUGGAUGUGACCCCAACAAAACCCGACUGCUCGACCGCCGUUACACUCCCAUUCAAGAUGAAGAUGACGAGAGAUGCAUUAUCUGUCGCUCCGAAUACGCCGUCGACGAGGAAAUCAUACUGCUGAAUGCCUGUGGUCACACUGCUCACGACAGCUGCGGCGAAAAGUGGUGGACCGAAGAGAAGAAAAGCAUGAGCUGUGUUCGCUGCACGAAGCAAUAUCAGUGGGUUGUCAACGCGAAAGAGGAAUAA